UCAUGUCGCGUUGCAUUCUGGUUCUUGUAGUCGGUUUCUGUUCUUCCUCCAUUGUCGUCGCUGCAGAGAUCAGCUGCUCCGUCCUGAGAUGUCGUCGGGCAGCGCAGCCAUGCAGACGGAGAGAGAGCCUGCAGGUGGAGGAAACAAGAGGAGCCCGUGUCCGCUGCACGGCUGCAAGCGUCUGUUCUCAGACGCCACGGAUCUGGAGAGCCACAUCAAGGACCACGAGAUCUCUGCUCAGUCACUUCCAGGAAAGGUCCUGCUGUGCUCCACCGUCGGGUGCAGCGGUUCCUUCCCCGACAUGCAGAAACUGAUGGAACACAUGAGGCAUCAUCACAAACCCAACAUAUUCUUCCUGUGUGAGAGCUGCCGCACAAAGUUGCGAUCCUACCGCGGCCUCCUGACUCACCUGCACACCUGUUCCAAAGUGUCACGGGGCAGGCCGAAGCCGUCUGAACCGCUGGCCGCUGGGCCUGCUUCUGUAACCAACCCGGACCUGGACCAGAAGCCCCCACUGCUUGACCCGGUGUCCACCCCGCAGACGCUUCCCUCGGAUCUCCCAAACCCAGAAGGGUCCUUCCUUGCCACUGUUCUCAAAACGGACCCUUCCCCUCCUCUCCUCGGCCCCCCCUUCUCGUCCGACUCUGAGACCUCCCCUCCCCACCUCGCUCUGCCGCAGCUUCCGGAGGCAGCCCCCCAGCCUCGGCUCAUGGGCGAACCCUCUGAUCAGCCUCAACCUUUAAACCUGGAUGGCCCAAAAGCAGCGCAAGACGCCAUGGAUGCCCAGGGUCAGCACCUGACACAGACCAGGUCUCCUGAUCGCGUCAACCCUGCACCCGGACCAGCGCCACGCUCUCCUCCCGGGUUCGCCGCUGUCUGGAAGAAGGGUUCAGGGACGGCCUGCAGCAGACGCAUCCUUUGGGAGCACACUAAAGGGCGCUACACCUGCGUGCAGUGUGGCCACGCGGUAAGCAACCGCAAGGAAAUGACUCACCACAUCAGCAGUAAACACAGCGGCAACAAACCCGCAGACGACACCGGGGGCCCCGCCACCAGCUUGUAGCGUGGAAGCGGGAGGACGCGUUCACUGUCGCUCCUCUUCUGUAGAUGAAUGUUUCUGUCACUCUUUAUUGUGAGUGAACCGCCUGCAGCAGUGAGUUCUCAACGGAUUAUUUGGUAGCGAUCUUAAACAUCUUUGCAUUAAUUUAUCCAUUUCAACAAAGCACUUUUUUGCCUGUUGCUUCCAGGCACACAUACUACUUUUCAUUUAAAAUCAGACUGCUGGAUCACCCACUGCAACAUGUGUCCUCCACACACAUUUGGAGACUUCUUACUUUGACAUAGUUCAUUAGUUGGUUGUAGUCUGCAACCUCACCACCAGAUGCCACUAAAUCCUACACACUGAUCCUUUAACUAUUGCUUAGCCUUUGUAAACUGUUAUGUCUGUUUGGUUUUUUUUGUACCCCGCCACUUAUUCUUGUCAACAAAUCCAAUGAAAAGACAGUAAUCAACAAUGAGGUAGUCGGUUUCUUAAUAUCCACCUGUGGCUCUCUGCCCAUUGGUUUCUACUGUAAGCUUUAUAAAAAGGAAAAAAAAAAACAGCUC